UAUACUUCUUUAAAAUCAACUUUGUAUACGUGGGUCACUCACCGUAAGUGUGAUGAUUCAUUGUAGGUUUAUCCAUCAUGCACACAUAGAACCAAAAGUAGUCCUUCCAUAAAUAGUACAGAUUUGGCUUUUUUAGCUUUGUCUACAUCAUUUUCUGUUUCAUCCAAGAAGAAAAAGCCGCCAUGGAAGCCAAAGGAGAAACCCCGUGGAGCUCUAUUUUAGUUCCUUCUGUUAAGGAGAUGGUGAAGGAUAAGAUGAUCACGACCGUUCCUCCCAGGUAUGUUCGGUAUGAUCAAGACAAAGCUGAAGUCGUCGAUGAUUCUGGUCUCAUAUCCGAGAUCUCAAUCAUCGACAUGAAGCGGUUGUGUUUGUCUACCGCCGUGGACUCUGAGGUUGAGAAACUCGACUUCGCUUGCAAAGAAUGUGGAUUUUUCCAGCUUGUAAACCAUGGAAUAGACCCAAGUUUCUUGGACAAAAUAAAGUCAGAGAUUCAAGAUUUCUUCAACCUUCCCAUGGAAGAGAGAAAGAAGUUGUGGCAGCAAUCAGCGGUGAUGGAAGGGUUUGGACAAGCUUUUGUGGUUUCAGAAGAUCAGAAACUCGACUGGGCAGAUUUAUUCUUCCUUAUAAUGCAACCUGUUCAAUUACGCAAGCCUCACUUGUUCCCCAAGCUACCUCUCCCCCUUAGGGAUACAUUAGAUAUGUAUUACACUCAAGUAAAGAGUAUAGCUAAGAUCUUACUAGCGAAAAUGGCGAGAGCCCUACAGAUCAAACCAGAGGAGAUAGAAGAAAUAUUUGGUGAUGAUAUGAUGCAGAGUAUGAGAAUGAACUUUCCCCCGUGUCCACAACCCAAUCAGGUUACCGGUCUAACUCCGCAUUCCGAUGCAGUAGGACUCACCAUAAUUUUGCAAGUGAAUGAAGUUGACGGUCUCCAAAUCAAGAAAAAUGGCAAGUGGGUUUUUGUCAAACCUCUCCUAAAUGCUUUCAUUGUCAAUGUUGGAGACGUUUUAGAGAUCAUAACGAACGGGACAUACCGAAGCAUCGAGCAUCGGGCAGUGGUGAACUUGGAGAAAGAGAGGCUCUCCAUUGCGACAUUUCAUAACACGGGACUGGAUAAAGAAAUUGGUCCGGCGAGAACCCUUGUUCAAGGGCAAGAGGCUGCAAAGUUUAGAAGCCUGAAAACUAAAGACUACUUGAAUGGCUUGUUCUCCCGUGAACUCAAAGGAAAAUCUUAUCUUGAUGCUAUGAGAAUCUAAGGGAAGUGA